UGUUUUGGGAUUAAGUAACUUUAUACCUUAAUUUCCAAAAUGUUGAGGAGACACAUUUUCUGUGGAGCUUUAUUCAAGCUUCUAAUCUUUUCUCACUAGUGAUAGUUAAGGAAUUUAUCAUUGGAUAAAUAUGUAAAUGGAAUUACCAUUUUGCCUGAGCAAUCUUCAAGCUUAAUGAAUUGUAGCAUUUCAAGGAUAUUUGAUGAUUUCAAAUGCCGGUAAUUAGUAGAACAUAUGAUUUUCACUGACUGCCAUUAACUGCAGUGGAAACAAUUGCAAACUGUGGAGGUAUUGCUUUAUUUGCAACAAAUAUCAGAUCAUUAUGGGUGUUUUUUCCUUUCUCUUUCUUCAAGAACAAGUGAGGCUUCUGAACCAAGAGGUGGAAAGAUCGGAGGACAGGUCUUUGUCAAUUGAAGCUUCGUUCCAGUCUAAAAUCGAGCAGAUCCAAGAGGAGCUGGACAAUGUACAGCUUGUUUCUGCUCAGAAGCUUCUGCUGGAGCACAAAGAUGUGGAGAUUGACUAUGAAGAGGAGGACGACCAGUUACACCUAAAUGUGAACUGGCCACAAUACGUCGAGGCACAAAAUGAGAAGCUUCAAAACAUAUUGGAAGCAUAUGAAGAGCAAUACCAGAACAUGCAAAUAAGUGAAUCUGAAUCUGCAGAGGAACUGAUGAAGUGGCGAGAAACAGAUUAUAAACCAACACCGAGCUAUGACAAUGAUGAGAGGACUGUGAUGGAAUUAAAGAUGAAUCAAGUUGAGGAAAACAGAGAAGAUUUGAUCUCAGAACUGCCGGAGCUGGAGGAGGAAGUAGGGGAUCUUCAGAGACAAGGACAGGGUCAAGGAUGGACAAAGCAGACCACAGCUGGCCAAAAGUUUAUGCUUCAGAUGGAUGACCUUAAUUCUGACAACGUGCUGCUAAACGCACAGUUGGUUCAGUACAGGGAGGAGCUAAACCAGAUCCUGUCUUUGUAG